CUCAGGGGGGGACCUUGAGGACACUGGGGGGCUGUUCUCCCCUCAGGGUAAGCGGCGGUCGGGGGGCUCCCUCUCCCCGCCCCUCCUCCACGGUAGUUUCACUCUCCCUGACGCGCAUUUCUCAAGCGAUCGCAAACUCCGUGUCAUCCGCCGUAACUUAAAAUGGGCCAGCGAGUCUGACUUGUUGAUUCUGCGACAACCUAAGGGGCUGUUCUUCCACCCCCCCUCCCCUUCCUCCCCUCCACCCAUGCUCCCCUUCUCACAGCCUUCCUCUCUUCCGCCACUCCCUUCCACAUCCGCCACACUGGCCACACAGACAUCCAAGGAGGCACCCAUUAUCAUCCGCCACAUCCAUGAGUUUAAAAUCCCCCCGUCACCCACUAACGAGGACAGCGGGUGUUGUCGGACAUCCCCAAGCAGCUGCGAGGAGGAAGCGCACACCAGAGAUUUCCCGGGGACGCUAGACUCCGGGAUAUCUGGUAUGUUUCCCGGGACUCUUGAAUCGGGGGUGUCCGGGGCGUAUCGGUGCCUGAGUCCGGUCAUUCCGCCCAUCGUUGAGGAAUGCACCGCGCACCACCUCUCCGAUCUCCUUCCUCAGGCCCUCCUUGGCGGCCCAACCACGAUACUCCACCACUCACAUCCCGCGCACACCUCCACAUGCCUCCACUGCUGUUCCCCGUCACCCAGAGCCACAGGGAGGGCCGCAUCCCCUACUCCACCCACUCCACGGCCCCACUCCGUCUGCUCCUACAACCCCCCACACUACAAACACACCCCUGCCUCAUCCACACCAACCACAUCAACCACACAAUCGCCACCCAAACUGUCCCUCGUCCUCACCUCAGGGCAGUCACCACCACCUCCGCCACCCCCGCCAAACACCGCCACCUCCCCGACAGGCCGUAGGGGUGCUGGGGGCGGCUACACACGCACGCCAAUCCCCCCGGAGUCCCCAACGCCUCACAACUCCCCGCGUCUCCCGAAUAGCAUCAACGCAACGAGAUAUCGGUCUAGCGGGAGUAAGGUCUCCUCGCCAACGCUAAGUCUCCGCGAGGGGCUGAAGGACAUCCCCAGUACCACAUCCUUCACCCAGGGGCACUCCGACACCCCAGACAAGCCCAAGGAGGUGUUUGUCGUCACCCCUCAGAUUCACACCACAGAGGACAACAUGGUGAUUAGAGGAACACCCGGAUUAGAGAGGAACGGCAGCGCGAGAGUUAGCGUUAGGAGAAGGAGCGAAUCAGAGGACAGCAGGAGAAGGAGUGGUAGUGAGAGCAGUCCAACGAUCGCCAGCAGGAAGGCAGCAGGGGAGCGCCAGAGGUCAGUCAGCAGGAGUCCAUCGCAGCCUCCCGAAAACAGGUUGCCGAGGAAGGAAAUUGAGAGUGUGGUUGUGUCCUGCCUCCCGCCGCCGUCCGUGCAGGCUGUGAGGAGGAGCGAGGGUAGGCUGGAGAGGAACAGUCCGGCCUACUCCUCCAUGAAGCCGUUGCGGUAUGAGGGAGGUAACGGACUGGAGAGAAAUAACCCUUUACGAGCCUCACUGUCCUCCACGCCUGGCCGAGAGAGAGGGUUAAGGGAGACCAAUGCUGCCUUGCCUCCCACCUCCUCCGUCCAUUUAGUGAAAGUGGAGAGAAACACACAUUCCACCCCUUCCACUCCUUCCUCCACCCCCAUGUCCAUCGCCUCCACUGCCUGCAUGACCCCAACCAUCACCUCCAUCACCACCCAGCCGUUAAGGAAUGGCGACACAAACAAAUUCAACAUUCCCACAAACACUAACAGAAACACACAAGGCGCCCCAUCACCCACUACAAACGGCACCUCCAUGCCCUCGCCAGCACCCAUCACCCCCCUGGCACCCAUCACCCUGGCCAGACAACCCUCGGACAAGGCCAAGCAUUCCCCCAGGGGCAGCCUAAGACGGGGGAGUGACAAGCAAUCAACACUUCAGGGCAAACCGCCGAAUCACGUCAAAUUCCGUGAGCCGGUUGUUUCCCAGGUCACACACACCGACCCAACGCAAAACUCCACCUCACAGUACUCCCCUGCGUCCCCGAGAGAGCGCAUGUCCCCACCGAAUGUCCCCUCACGCCCCGACACUGCCCCAGGACGCAAGGGGAAAGUGGGCGAUUCAGGCGACAAGGGCGGACUGGACAAACCCAAAGUGACUCUCCUCAGCGACUCCCUCUUCACACGCUUUGAGGUCGCCAACCCCACACACUCGCUGGGACAGAUUCCAGGCCGCAGGGUGAGGCCCGUGGCGCCCUCUGACACCGACACGGACCUUGAGACGCUGGAGAGGCGGCUGACGGCUGGAAUGUACGCGGCCCCGCUCGUCAGCUCGGAAUCAUGUACGUCUUUCAGCCACGACGAUUACACAGCCUCGGACGACCCUGAGUGCUACAACCCCAUGCAGUAUAAGGCGUACGGGGAUGGGCGACGGCGGAGACGGGUGAACGGGGGGCUGCGUCGCUCCCUCACACCCCCGCCGACCCCCCCGAAGGAAGAGCCGUCGAACGAGUCAGCUCUAGGGCGCACAUACUCCUUCUUCCGCAGCAAGCCCAAGCCCAAGAAGCCGCUGAAGGCCCCAGAGAAGGAGGUGUUUGUGGCGCCGCUGGGACAAGGCGGCCGCGUGGUGAAGGCCCGGAACAAGACAGCCAAGGUGGUGGUGGCUGAGACCCUCAACGCUGUGUUCACGCUCUGCACCCCGUGAGACCCUGCCCGGCGCCCUUAUGUCUACACCUGACUGUCUGUACCCCGCCCAGCACAGCAUUGCCACCACACAGCCACAGGGAGAACAAGGUCGUGCACAGCAGUUCGUGAGCCGUAACCUAAGUGCUGUGGUGAAUUACUAAGCACAGCGAGAUGCCAGUGUGACCCAUCGUCUCAACAAGGCUCUGAUAAGGUCCCUCAGAGCCUCCUCAGUACUGGUAAUAACUAUGUGUCUUUAAGGCCUGCAGUAUUGAUCUGAGGUGCUGUGAAAUGGCUAUAAGGACAGAGAGGUACCACUGUGAUUUUACGUCUCCGGAAGCCCAUGUUAAAGUCUUGUACCCUUGGCCAUAUAACCUUGGAACUUAGAAGGACUAGAUCUCUUUAGGGCCUAGAGUAUUAACCUAAGAUGCUGUGAAAAUGGCAGUAAGGACAAGGAGGUACCAGUGUUAUUUAAUGUCUCUGGAAGCCCAUGUUAAAAUCUUGUACCCUUGGCCAUAAGAGUAACCUUGGAACUAAUAAAACUCGAUCUCAAGGCCUACAGUAUUUGAGCCUCAGUAUUAAUUCUUCACAAAUUCUCGGAGACAUGGCCACAAAAAAUAAGGGCACAGAAGGAGGACAUUGGUGCCAUGGUACAAGCCUGAGGUGCUGGGAAGUGAGCCCUUAUGAGAGGAAUUGAAUCACUACCAGAAUGACCUGUAUCUCUAAAAGCCACAGUGUUAACUCUUCACAAAUUCUUGGAGACAUGACCAGAAGAACCUUGGUGCCAUGGUACAAGCCUGAGGUGCUGUGAAGUGAGCCCUUAUGAGAGGAAUUGAAUCACUACCAGAAUGACCUGUAUCUCUAAAAGCCACAGUGUUAACUCUUCAUGACUUCUUGGAGACAUGACCACAAAAAAAAGGGCACAGAAGGUGGACAUUGGUGCCAUGGUACAAGCCUGAGGUGCUGUGAAGUGAGCCCUUAUGAGAGGAAUUGAAUCAGUACCAGAAUGACCUGUAUCUCUAAAAGCCACAGUGUUAAUUCUUCCUCCGAGAUCUGGCCACGAACACAACGGAACGAGACUAUUGGCGCCACGGUAUUCCUCCUUCGUGACUUCUCGGAGACAUGACCACACACAUAAGGGGACACAAGUAUGGCUCUUUUCCUGUAUUUCACAACUAGGCAAAUACAAGGAGGACUUUGGUGCCGUGAAACUCAGACCCAGACACGAGGAUUGCAAACACUGGACUCGCUAUCAUGGUGUCGACUGCACGAGGGGCCUCAAGAUGUAGCGUCGGCCAAUGGUGAUGCAAGAUAUAGCCCCCAGCAGAAGGUGAUACACUUACGAUGCAAUACUAACAUGACGUCCCUUCCUGCCAGCCUGUUGCCGUGCUUACUAAACCUAACCGACCCCCCCUCCCCUUCCCUCCAUGCUGAGACACACCACCACCACCACAACAUCCAACCUAACCUAACCUAACCUAACCUAACCUAACCUAACCUAACCUAACCUACCCUGCCCUACCCUACCCUACCCUACCCCCCUUCCCUCUAUACUAAGACACAUCACCACCACCACCAUCACCUCUAACCUAACCUAACCUACCCCUCCCCUUCAUCCCCUCCAUCUUCUUUCUCUCCAUCUUUCCCUGCCUUCCCUUGUCUUCCUCCCUUCCCUUCUCCUCCUCCUCCUCCCAGAAUCUAAUCAUUGGUCAUCUUCUAGUCAUGAAAAUCCUACAUACCAGCUCCUUAGGUUGUGCCAGAUAGGGCCGGAAGAGUGCCCACGUUAGGUGCCGACACGCCUGGCCGGUUCAGUGCCAGGCCGCGGCGACACAGCGAACAGUAGAGAGAGAAAUCGCCCAUCAAGGGAGGGGGAAAAAAUAUCGCAUGCUCUCGUUUUCAAUUUUCGUCCGACUUCCGACGCCCGAGUUUGAGACAUCGGAAAGUCGACGCUGCCCACAUAGCAUACUAGUCACGUGGUGUGUGCGUGUGUGUGUGUGUGUGUGUGUGUGUGUGUGUGUGUGUGUGCGCUAUGCCUUGGUAAGACAUUCCGUGAAGUAUUCUGUGCCAAACUAGAUAUAAAUAAUUAGCAGAUGUUCUCCUACCUGGACGAUCUCUCUCUCUCUCUCUCUCUCUCUCUCUCUCUCUCUCUCUCUCUCUCUCUCUCUCUCUCUCUCUCUCUCUCU